GUUACGUAAGAAUACCUUUGGAGACGUUUCAUCAGUUCGGAGGGCAGUUUACGCAACAUUCAAAUUAAUCAAGUAUCGGUAUAUAUGCGGCGGGUCCCCAUGGUGUGUGACAAACCUCUGUUGCCGCCGACCUCACACGCACUCACCAUGAAACUGUUUGCGUGCACGUUGCUGCUGAUAGUGAGCACGUCAGCAUCGCGGGAGAAACGUGGCAUCUUCGGUGAGCCGGGUGGUCUGCUGGGCGGGCUCAGCAGCCUGCUGUCAAAGGGCUCGCACUCUAGUUCGAGCCACUCGCACAGCUCGCACAAAGCCCCGCAUUCCUCGCAUUCCUCGCACCACUCGCACGCGCCGCCCGCACACUCGCACCCGGUCGUGGUGCACGCCGCCCCCGUGCACGCUGCCCCCGUGCUCGCUGCCCCGCUGCACGUAGAGCCCCUGCACAGUGAACACGUGCACCACUCGGCACCUCUGCUGAGCUCCCACUCCCUACACUCCGCCCCAAUCCUAGAGUCACCUACAUUACAUUCUGCUCCUCUGUAUUCCUACGCUGAGCCGCUGCACUCCCACUCUAGCCUACAUUCGGCCCCACUGUCCAGCUACGACCACUCCCCAGCACUACUCUCUGCGCCCAUUAUUGAAGCUGAACCUUUACAUCUAGAGCAUGCUCCCAUACUUUCUGCACCCCUCAGCGUAAGCCACUCUGCUCCCCUUAGCUUGAGCCACUCUGCUCCCCUCAGUUCAAGUUAUUCUGCUCCCCUUAGCCUAAGCCACUCUGCUCCCCUUAGCUUAAGCCACUCUGCACCCCUCAGCGUAAGCCACUCUGCUCCCCUUAGCUUGAGCCACUCUGCUCCCCUUAGCUUGAGCCACUCUGCUCCCCUCAGUUCAAGUUAUUCUGCUCCCCUCAGCCUAAGCCACUCCACUCCUCUUAGCCUUAGCCAUUCAGCUCCUCUCAGUUUAAGCCACUCCGCUCCUCUCAGUUUAAGCCACUCUGCUCCCCUCAGUUUAAGCCACUCUGCUCCCCUUAGCUUGAGUCACUCUGCCCCACUUAGUUCCAGCUACUCUGCUCCCCUCAGUGUGAGCCACUCUGUUCCCCUCAGUGUGAGCCACUCUGCCCCCCUCAGGUUAAGCCACUCCGCCCCCCUCAGGUUAAGCCACUCCGGCUCCCACUACGCUAGCCAUGCAACUCCCAUCCACGUCAGUCACAUCGCUCCGUCCCACUCCGUGCACUCCGCCCCGCACUACUCCAGCCACUCGUCCCUGCACAGCCACCACGAGCACCACGGGCACCACGCGUCGGCAGCGCCUGUCAUCAUCAAAGUGAUCAAGGCCCCUCCCCGGUACGCGUCCGGCUGGUGGUGAACGACGACUGCUCCCAAUAUGACACAAUAAAACGAAUGCGGACCGCC